AUGUUCACAGCUACCAGAGUCUCCUUGAUCCCGAGUGCUAUCGCUCUUUCUCCGCUCACAUUCGCUAAUUCACUCCGCGUCUCCAGCCGCGUGUACGCCAUGGCUACGGUCAGCAAGACCAAGAUAUACGGUCUGAAACUCUCGACAUGUACGAAGAGGGUUCUUGUAGCUCUAGAAGAGAAGAAUGUUACGGACUAUGAUCUCGUGACAGUGGAUGUGUUCAAGGGUGAGCACAAGUCCGCCGAGUUCAAGAAGAAGCAGGCUAGGCGGGGACUGGCCCCAGACGAGGCCAAGGCAGCUAAAUACAAGGCAAAGCUCUCCGAAGUCCUAGAUGUGUACGAGGCACACUUGGCUGCAAACGACUACCUGGCUGGUUCCUCGUUUUCCCUGGCGGAUCUGGUGCACCUGCCCUACACUGCAGUCCUCUGGGUGUGUGGUGAUUCUGAUGUCGUUACUGCCUCCUUUCCCCUGCCACUUCCCUCCCCCUCUCUUGCUGGAGGUGCUGCCACAUUGCCAAAUGGCCGACGCUUCUUGUAG